GCCACGUCCCGGCCAACCAAAAGUGUCGUUCUGUCAUUCCUGUAGAGAAAUGCCACUCCGAAAGUUUGAAAGUUUAAACAAGUGACGUCACUUCUGCUCCUCAGCCUCCAGCCGGGCGCUUAGUCAAAAUGUGAGCGGAUGCAGCACAUUUGGGAGAAGAUUGCCGGGUACUCGACACGGCUGCUUUUUGAUCCACGAGCUCACCCUCGCUCAAGGUCAUAUGGAUUUAUCGUUGCGUUUACAAGGAGCUGCUAAUCGUAGGGACCGCUAACUGGAACCACAUGAAGAAAAAAGGGACCAAGCAGAAGUCCAAGACCAAAGGAAGUGAAAAUGCUUUCGGCUGUGACCUGACGGAACAUCUCCAGAACUCAGGACAGGAUGUCCCUCAGGUGCUACAGAAAUGUGCAGAGUUUAUCGAGAAGCACGGGAUUGUACAUGGGAUCUACAGGUUGUCAGGGGUCACCUCAAAUAUUCAACGACUCAGACAGGAAUUCAGCUCUGAGGCGUGCCCUGACCUUACAAAGGAAGUGUACCUACAGGACAUCCACUGUGUGGGUUCUUUAUGCAAGCUGUACUUCAGGGAGCUACCAAAUCCUCUGCUCACAUAUGAGCUAUACAGCAAAUUCACUGAAGUGGCCUCAGUGUGCGGCGAUCAUGAAAGACUUGCACACAUUCAAAAGACGGUUAAGGAAUUACCGACCCCUCACUUCAGAACUCUGGAGUACCUCAGCAAGCAUUUGGCCCGCCUCGCCACUUUAAGUGCCCAGACAAACAUGCACACACGCAAUCUGGCUUUAGUUUGGGCUCCUAAUCUAUUGAGAUCUAAAACAAUAGAGGCCACAUCUGGUAAUGGAGACAUGGCUUUUCAGGAAGUGCGAAUACAACAGUCAGUGGUGGAGUUCAUUUUAAACCACACCGAGCAGAUCUUUAACACUGACUCCGUGCAAAUCAAACCAAAAGAAGGGCCAAGUUUAAUAUGUGGGGAGAAAUACGCCACGCUCCCCAUUAGCGGUCAGAGUGGGCCGAUGAAACUGAUGAGCCUGGAAGAAGCCCAAGCUCGCUCCUUAAGUCCAAAUCAUCCUCUGCACAAAGAACGCCAACGGGAGAACAGUCUGCCUGACACCAGCAUGGCCACGCUCUACCACACUGUCAUAGACUUGGACAGCAAGAGAAAGCUUUCUGGAAAAUCGAAGAAAUGGAGAUCUAUCUUCAACUUGGGACGCUCCGUGGACUCCAAAGGAAAACUGAGCCGAAAUGGAAGCGUGUUCAUUAGAGCCCCUGGGUUAACAGAAAAGUCAUCUCUUCGACCGUCCAGAAGUAUGGAGUCACUGUGCUCCUUGCCAACAGAUGAUGAUAGAACUGGAAACAGUCCAUCAGGGGGACAAGGCAGCAUUUUUGUUCCGGAUGUCAAAUCAAGAACACUGGGAUCUGAUUCACUUUAUGACUUGAGUGAACAUGAGCAAAACUGGGAGUUUAAAGGGAAAAAAUCUGGCAGCGUAACAGGCGGUUGGAACUCUGGGUUGAGCCAAAAGGGCAGCUUAUCAGGUGCUUCAGCAACCCCUCAAAGAACAUUGCCGGAGCAGCUCAAGGUGUUUAAGGGAGAUGACCUGAGUGGCAACAAACCUACGUCUCCUAAAAACAGAAGGAUGCUGUACUCGGGUUCCUCCUACAACAGUUCAUCUCGACCUUCCUUUCCUGGAAGCUUCUUUCCGCUGGAGUCAUCGCCGAGGCACCAGCGUAGAGCCGUCAACAUAUCGGAGCCUUUCGCUGUGUCGGUACCCCUGCGCGUGUCGGCCGUUAUCAGCUCUAACAGCACGCCUUGCAGAGGGCUUGCCAAGGAUAGGAUGGCUGCAGCAGCACUGAAACCUUGCAAGGAGACUUCAGACCAGAGCGGUGGUGGAAAAAGCAACAUGUGUCCAGUAGUGGAACCCAGCAACAGAGAUGGAACAGAGAAGAAACAGACAGAGAGAGUCUCAAAUGCAAUGCCAAAGGGUAAAACCAGAGAAUUAUUCCAAGAAGAGAUGAGCAAGACUCAACUGGAAGCGCUUUCAAUUGUGAGUGAAGGCACAGCAAAAAUACCCUUCACUGGGCAACAACUGGAAAAUCAGUCAAAACCCGCUCAACAGGAUAAGGAAUUAUGCAUCACAAAGGAGCUUUGGUAUGACGUCCACCAAGAGCUGAAGAUAACAGAACCUGAAAUGGACCUACUAGAUAAGACUUACGAUGCCAUCCUACCUGGCCAAAACAAGAAGUUAACUAUGGAUGUAAAGUCAAAAAGAAGCCGCAGCUCUCCAUCGCUGUCCAUGUUCUGUAAAGACCAGUCUUCCAAAUCCUAUCUCUAUGAUCAUCUUAACACCUCUAGGUCUGAAUCUACAGUGAAACAGCCUUCAGAGUCCGACAUUGUAUUUUCUCUCCUAAAAAAUGAUCUUUGGGUCAAUGAAGGCAUAAAAAUUGUCAACCCUGUUCUGGAAGAAACUGACAAGAAAUUUUCUUCUUUGAAUAAAGCGCAUACUAUAGAGCCCCAAGUUAGUUUCACAAGUGACUCUCAAAUCCUCAGAGGCUCCUUAGCAGCAAUUGAUAGCCAAGGAGAAGCUGAAGAACAUGAAAGUCCUGAAGAAACCCAAAACAUCUCAUGUGAUGUAGAGAAAAUUCCUGAAGUUGUAUCCCAGUUUUCCAUAUGUCUGGAGGAGAGACCAAAUUCUCUGGACCUGCCAAUCCAGGAAGAUGAUGAAGGAUUGGCAGGAAACUCUGAAGAGCUGGAUCUAGUGGAAUCAUGGGAAGACCUCAGCUCCAGCAAGCAGUGGGUCACAAGUCCACUGCACUCCCCAGACGUGGAAGAGUUGUUUAAGCAGCAAUUGCCGUUCAGCUCUCAAUCUGUAACUCUGAACUCAGACGAGGAUCGGACCUCAUUUUCUUCACACAGUGUUAAACAAUCAAAAAGAUUAUCCCUUGCGAAAACCUCAUCAGGAAACAUUUCACAAACAUCCAGCAGCAAAUAUGAAACCGAUUUGGCCUCUCUGCCUUCUACGAACGCUAGUCUCAACACCAGUAAUGGAACACAAGCUCCAAUUGGAAAAUGUGGAACAAAAAAACUGAAAUCAUCGCAACACUUUUAUAGACAAAUGUCUUACGAAUCAGCCGGACCAGAAAAAAGAGACGAACACAACCUUUCCAAACACAGACCAUGCUCCCUCAACCUAGACUUGGGGCCUCGAUGCAUUAGGGACAUUUCUAACCAGCAAAGCCGUCCUUCGCUCAAGCUUUCUUCCUAUACGAGGAGUCUGUCAGAGACUGUAAACAGUGGGCUCCUCUCCGAGUUGGACUUGUUCUUGAACGAUAGCCAGGCACCUUUGCGACGAAAUUCUGCCCCCCUCAGUGUUGCAUCCGUCCGGACCGCCUUCAUGAUUAAGACGUGCAAGGCCAAAGCUGUGCCUGUUGUACCUCCAAAGGUGCAGUAUAGUCAGAUACCUCACUCCAGACAAGACAGUGACAUUGAGACAGAGAAAGAACAAGACACGGCUUGUCCUAAAAAUAGUACAGAGAAAAGCCACGAAGCACCUCCCCCAGCGAUUUCAGAUCUGAAGGACGAGUUAGAGAAUAAGGAGCCUGUGGCCAAACAGCAAAACCACCCAAAAGUUCAGAAACAAGCAGAAAAUGUGACGACAACCACAACAGUACCGCCAGUCAUCACCAGGCGACACACCCCCAGUCUUGAAGUUUUUGUUGACAGACCUAACAGAGCAAAUAUUUUACAAAGGUCGUCUUUUAGGAACCGGCAAAGACCCCAGAGUCUGAUACUGUUCAGUCCUCCUUUUCCCAUUAUGGAUUACCCUCCGCCCGGUGACGACGGCAAACUUCUGUCCAUCAAGAGCAUGAAUGAGGAAUCGGCAAUGAAAGAGACAUCCGUAGAUGGGGUUGCCCUCCAAAAUAAAAUGACUAUCCCAAAGAGUGGUCAGAGACUAGAAACAUCAACCAGCUGCUUCUACCAACCACAAAGGAGAUCGAUGAUUUUUGAGAGCAGGAACCACAGACAGAUAGAGUAAACACAGAGACUUGCUGAAUGUAAAUGACUUACUGAGACCGAUAUGAUGUUGUAAAUCGCAGUAUACUAUUUUAUAUAAAGCUAUUGUUGAGGGUUGGAAAUGUAUUAAAUUAAAAUUUCUCACUACGUUCAUGAAGUAUUUAAGAGAAAUAUUGUACAGAACCGAGAUCUUUUAGGCCAUGAUUCACUGAACGAACAUUAUUAACAGCCACUUUAUUACUAACAACAACUGCUUUUGAGAACAUGCGCAAAACUUGUGACAAUCAGCUUUUGACUAUGAUCAGUUAGCUGCAAUUUAGUUGUUUUGUAUUUUAUAUACUUGAAAACCGAUGAAGGUUGCAUUGACUGUAGGAGUCUCGGGGUCUUGUUCACGAGUGAGGGAACAAUGGAGAGUGAAAUUGGACGGCGAAUUGGGGUAGCAGUCGCUUUAUCACAUUGUUGCAACAGAGAGCUGAGCCAAGAGCCAAAUCUCUCCAUCUUCCGUUCGAUCUUCGUUCCUACCCUCACAUAUGGUCAUGAACAAUGGGUCAGGAUCGGAAGAACAAGAUCGCGGGUACAAGCGGCCGAAAUGGGUUUUCUCAGACGGAUAGCUGGCAUCUCCCUUAAACCUGAGUUAUGCUUCUGCGUUGCGGUGAUGGCGUAGCGACUAGAGUGUCAAUAAGCAUUCGACAGUUCUGCGGCCAGGGAACGUGUUGCUCUGUAAUUCACCGCCAAGCCACUAGAGGGGUGUGGCAUUGUGUUUGCACGGUUUUGGGGGACUCUUGUCGACUUCCUCUAGCUUUCUUCCAGUUACAAUGCCGACAGAGAUGGAACGCUUGAAUGUGGAUUUUCAGCUCAUCAACAUUGAACAACAAAUGUUGAUCAUACAAAUGUUGAGGCGCAGGGAACACAGAAGACGGUUACAGAGGUGGUCGUUAGCGCAUGAAUGUUUGUAAAUGGCGGUGAUUUCGCGCUGAACUGGAAACAACAAUCUGAGCAGACAAAUCGCAGUCCAUUUGUGUCACGUUUAGCUGCACGUCAGGCUACGGCAGAGGGUCGUAAUUCGGGUCUGCCUUGACGGCGUAGGUCUGCCGCAGAAGCAUAACUCUGCCUUUAGAGACAGGGUGAGAAACGUUGCUAUUUGCAAGAUGCCAAGAGUCGAGUCACUACUUCUUCAUGUAGAAAGGAAUUAGUUGCGGUGGUUCGGGCAUCUGGUGCGGAUGCCACCAGGGCGCCUCCCUAGGGAAGUGUUCCUGAUACAUCCAGCUGGGAGGAGACUUCUAGGCAGGACCAGGUGAAGGGAAUAUAUCUAGACACUGGCUUGCGAGCAGCUCGGGAUCCCCCAGUCAGGGCUACUUAAUGUGGCCAGGGAAAGGGAAGUUUGGGGCUCCCUGCUGAAACUGACGCCCCCGCGACUGAAGUGAUUGAAGAUGGAUGGAUGGCUAUUUCUUAAAGGGAUCCACGGAAAGAAAGACUUGUAGUUCUUAAAAGGUAAACGUUAUUAUGAGUUAAAAUAAUUUUAUAUUGAAGCCCUUCUUGAUGUUUUUGUUUGUAUGCAAUCUGUAAAAUUAGUUUAACUAGUAGGUCGCCAGUGUUGUUGACGUCACAUGGUUACGCUGCCAGGCUUCCAGAGUAUGACAUCUGUUCAACCCUUUCAAUUAGAACCCGAGAGGAACAUUAAUAAGCAUGACAGCACUGUCGAUAUUUCACAAAACGAACAGCAAAAGCAAAAUGAACAGGAAAGACGGGAUGAGACGAGAGUAGGGGGAAAAAACGGUGUUCUGCCAAAAUGUGCUACACUGGCGAAACAUGCUACAAGAGGCGAAUUUGACACCCAAAGUACUACCGUGCACUUUCAGCUUGUUUUGUUUAGAUGCAUAAAGACAGAACGUACUAAAGACUCCUUAGAAAAAUACUUAAAAGGAGUAAUAUCAAGUAAGGGUGGUUUAAAUAUGCUACGUGACUAAUGUGCUCAACAAAUCAACAAUCUGCUUUAAACCUACCACAACAAAACACAAUGCUUAAAAGUAUGAGAGGGAAACAGAUGCAACGAAAAGGUAUUAAAAGACUCAAUAAAAACGCAAAUAGUAAGUACUAGUCGCUUUUAACCGAUGAGUGCCUGUGCUGGAUGUCUCGCCGCGUAGAUGGAAUUGCAGUAACCCGGUAGAAUUCGUCGAAUGACAGUGACAAUCUACGUUAUCACCCUGAGCGUCCAUUUCACGCUUAAAACAUGGCGCCCUCUGUAGGUCAAAACAUGUACUAAAUAUUACAGAUUUUUAAAUCAAUAGCAAUAUUUUAUGUGUUUCUAAUCACAUAUUUUAGUAAAAGAGAACAAUUGUGGCUUAUUAGAGCCUACAAGUCUUUAAGUCCUAGGUUCCCUUUAAAGGCUCAGUUCUGUGACUGUCAUAGACAACGACAUAUGUACCAGGUUUCUGCGUACUUGCUGAGGGGAGAAUUUAUCUUUCUUUUUAUAUUUACAAGCACAUUUCAUGCGUAAUAAGCAGUGUUGGGCAUGUUACUUUAAAAAAGUAAUUAGUUACAUUACUCACUACUUCGUCCAAAAAGUAACUGAGUUAGUAACUGAAUUACUCUAUAGUAAAAGUAACUAGUUACCAGGGAAAGUAACUAUUUCCGUUACUUUAAAAAGAACUUGUUGUAUGUCAAAGAAUUUGAAAUUUUCUGAGCAGUAUUCGAGUCAGUGAAAUAGAGAAGAACAGACAGGUAGUUAACUUGUUAGGUGCUUCAGCAGAUUUGAAUUGCUUACCACAGAUGUCGACAAAAGCUUUGCCCCGGGGCAUAAAUGACACAUUACAUGCAGGUUCUUUCCUUUAAUUUCGACAAACUUGAAAUAGUGUCUAUAUCUUCACCUCUUAAAGGACAAUUUUUCUUCUGAAUGCUCUGCCAUCCCGACCCUGUGCAUCUGUUUUGCGUGUGUGUGUUUGCCGCACGCGCUGUUCCGGUUUGCUUGUGAAAUCACCGGCUCUGAUUGGCUUACCACGACAUAUGACUCUUAACCCUCAGCCAUCACAAUCACUUCCAUCGCAUCUCUCGAGGGGCUGCAUUCAGGUAGGCUCGGUUCCCGACAAUUCAUGUCACCUUCAAAGCGUCUGCCGUCCUCAAGAUGGAAGCAGAAUUAUUGCUGGCUGACAGGGGAGAUGGGAACGAGGCUAGCAUCAGGUGUAGCAAACACAGAAACGUUACCAAACUUUGGAAAGCAUUGUCUAAUUGAAUGAGCAGGGACAAACAGCUUGGAGUCAGAAGUACGUGCGCUAUUCUCGAACCUGAACGCACCCCAAGUCUUGGAUGACAAAUCAACAGAGCAGAGAGUCGCCUCGACACGGCUGGUAGUUUCUUCAAUUUACUCAAAGUAACGCACCGCUCUUGACCGUCAGUAACAGUAACGGCGUUGUAACGGCGGAAAAAGUAACGCACCGCUCUUGACCGUCAGUAACAGUAACGGCGUUGUAACGGCGGAAAAAGUAAUUAGAUUACCCUGUUACUGAAAAAAUAACGCCGUUACGUAACGGCGUUAUUUAUAACGGCGUUACUCCCAACACUGGUAAUAAGCCACGUUUCUACCAAACUGUACUGUUCCGUCCAUGUAGAAAAGCAUUCAUUUUUGCAGGGUAAAGCCAUCCUGUCUCACGAUGGUCCAAUAUUAGCUAACGUUCCCUAACGUUAUAGCAACAACAUUGAAUCAACAAAACCUCAUCCCUCAUAUAUUAUUUGGCUACACUCUGAUGAAUCACCAUGAUGGAUUUGUUUGCUGUUCUGUGUUGCAAGAACUGAUCUGUGCUUCUUGGAAAACUUGCUUGGAAGACAUUAGAAAGCUGUAUUGUAAAAUACUAACAAUGAGCUAUCGGAAGAUCAAUUUUGUUUGAAGUGCGUGACCAAAUCCAUGUACAUUCAGACUUCUAAAAGAAAGGAAGUGUAAAAAAAACUGAUAACGUCGCUGUUUAACAGUAUAAUUGUGCUAGCUACAAUAGCUGUGAUCAUAUAGUUUGCAGGAAAUAUACUGCUGAAGAUGUGUGUAUUGUUACAUGAAGUAAACUUUAAACAAGGAAUUAAAAUAUAAAGUAUUACUAUUAUGAAUGUGAUAAAUGUAUUUAAAAGGAAAUAUAGUUUUCUGAUAUACGGAAUGUGUGUUGGAUAUUAAUCUACGGAAGAAGCUUUGCAUUUGAUUUUUUUUUUCUUAAUAUUUUUUUUCAUUUCUGUUCAUGACAAAGAUCUUAAAUCAGCUUUGUGAGGAAGAGCAAAGCAGAUUCUGGAGUUGCUUUCCUGAAGGUUGACAGAUGCAUGGCUGUAUCAUUGUGGACCUUCACAAUGUAUCUGAGUAAAGUCUACUGACAGCAUCUGGAAAAUGUUUUAUUUGUCGUUUAUCUUGAUGAAAAGAGACUCUGAGUUUUAAUACUUGUCCAGAUAUCUUGAAUGCUUACAAACAUUGUGAUGAGAGUGGAGGUUUUUAUUACUCGUUUAUCAUGUUUGCAUUUGCAUUGAAGCCUUAAAACAUCACUUGAAAAAGUGCUUGUCAGGAGAUUUUUUUUG